AUGGAUAGUUUGAAAAAAAAUUCAUCAUCUGAAACUUUUCGUGAUGAUAAAAUGCCACCCUGGUUAUUAGAAAUGACUGAAAAUGUAAGAAAAUUAAGUCAAGAUAAUUUUAUUUCAUUGCCGACGCAAUUAAAUUCAAGUGAAGAAUCAGCCAAGCCAGCUGAUAAAAUUGAUAACCCUGAGAAGCGACGUAGUGGUCGACGAGCCCAGACCUAUGAAAAAAGUGAUUAUCCUAAAAAAACAGACAACCGCAAAGGAAUCAAUUGUGUAUCGGCGUCGUUACUUGAAAUUCGAAGCAAAUUUAACAAGCCUCCGUUGGUAUCAAAUAUUUCGCUACGUGAAUUAAAGGAUAGGGAUAAUACCCCUUUGGAUUUAAAUUCACCAGCGGGUCCUUACGACACGAUAAAUUUCUUCGCCGACGAACGGAAGUCGUCGAUUGAUUCAUUGCUGUCGAGUCAGCUGAAAAACCUGAAUCUUGGCGAGUUGGAAACAUUUGACCUUGGAGAGGCUUCUGGGCUAAAUACCAAAAAAAUAAAUAAUUUAUUCAACCGAGACACUGAUUAUUCUCCUAAAGGUUUUGAUAAAAAUGUACAUGAUUUUAUAAUACCAGAAUUACCUUCUGGAGAGUCAUUGACUAUAGAUAUCCUCAGCACAUGGGGUGAUAAGAAUUACGUCGGGCUUAAUGGAAUUGAAAUAUUUUCAUCAACUGGUCAAACUCCGAUAAUAACUAAAAUUUGGAAUGACUGUGAUGGGAGUUGUACAGAGAGCGAAGAUAAAAAAAGCGAUACAAUAAAUAAUUUAAUCAACGGAGUAUAUCGAACUAAAAAUGACUUAGACAUGUGGUUAAUACCAUUUACUGCAGGAAAUCAUCAUUGCAUACACAUUGCAUUUUCUGAAAGUACCAAAAUUGCUUUAAUAAGAAUAUGGAAUUACAAUAAGUCAAGGAUACAUUCUUAUCAAGGUGCCAAACAUGUUGUUAUUAAAUUAGAUGAUGUUAUUAUUUUUGACGGCGAAAUAGCGCGAUCAUCUGGUGAUAUUACGGGAGAUAUUAAUUCAUUUGGAGAUACUAUUUUAUUUACAACUGAUGAAGAAAUACUAGAGCUGAUUUCGGAUAAUGAUAGAAAUUUCGAUAAUGGUUUAAAUAUUUGGAAUUAUAAUUAUUCACUCGAGUCAUCAUACUGCGGAGUCAAACAAAUGCUUGUAGAAUUAGAUGGGAAGAAAUUAUUCGAUGAUGAUUUCGAAGGCUUUUUGCUAAGACGAGCUCCUGGCUCAUGUCAUUAUAAUUUUUCCCAGGAAAUAAGUUUUGUAAACCGACCCAAGAUAGCUGUUGGUAAAAAUUAUAGUGCGUCUGCUGAAAGAAUAGUUGAAGAUAAAUUUAAUAUAAUAAAAUUAUCAAGAGAUGUCUUAGAAAAUAGUGAUUAUGAAUCACCGCCAGUACCUCAAGGCUUUGUUUACCAAAUUGUCAUAUUUUCAACUUGGGGUGAUGCUUAUUAUGUUGGUUUGAAUGGUAUUGAAUUAUUUGAUGCUGAUAAACAAAAAAUUCAUUUAAAUAAAAAAAACAUCACAGCGUACCCAGAAAGUGUUAAUGUUAUCGAGGGUAUCGAAAACGAUAUCAGGACACCUGAUAAAUUAAUAGAUAAUAUAAAUGACUGUAAAGAUGGAAAUCAUUCAUGGCUAGCUCCAAUUCUACCUGGACAAAUAAAUCGUAUUUAUAUAAUAUUUAACGAUCCAAUGACUGUGUCAAUGAUUAGAAUAUGGAAUUAUUCUAAAACUUUAGAAAGAAGAGUCAAAGAAUUUGGGAUUUUCGUUGAUGAUUUAUUGGUAUACAAUGGCAUGUUAGCAGAGAACGAUGCAAACGGUACUGUAUACUUUAGCAGCAAUAAUUAUCGAGACAUACAACUAGCAAAAUCAACAUCGGAUCAAGAAAUAAAUUUAUUGAAUUUAGAAAAAGUUAAUCAGGAUGAAGAUUCACAACCAGACCAAUUGCUGAGACCUUAUACCUCAUUGCUGCCAAAAAAUUAA